GAUUCAGUAUAAAAUCUACACUCGAGUACAAAGGAGGACGAAAUAAUCUGUAUUCACUAGAAUUAGCCUUCAAACGAUUAGACACAAUUACAUUUCAAGAAUGACUAGCAACAACAACUCAGCGAUAUCGGAAAGUGAACUUCGCACAACUGAUCUACAUCCCAUGAUUAGAUAUAUAGAGCUGAACGAUAGGAAGCACAAUGUAACUGAAGUGGAAAUCUCUAUCCCUUACGGAAAAAUCGCAGGAAAAUGGUUCGGACCGAAGAACGUUCAACCGAUACUGUGCCUUCACGGAUGGUUAGACAAUUGCGGUACUUUCGAUCGUCUGAUACCACUGUUGCCAGCGGAUAUGAGUUUUCUAGCUAUCGAUUUCCCUGGCCACGGUCACUCUUCAUGGGUCCCAGACGGUAUGGCCUAUCACCAGUUGGAAAGCGUGAUUCUUAUACAGCAAAUCAUGGACGAGUACAAGUGGGAAAAGUUGGCAAUUAUGGGACAUUCCAUGGGAGCUAUCAUCGCUUUUAUGUUCACAGCCUUCUUCCCCGAGAAGGUUGAAUUUCUCAUCGGAAUUGACGCCUUAAAACCUCACAGCUACUAUCCCGGCAAGUUCGUACAGUUUGCAGCACCUUUGCUGAUGAAGUUCGUCGAAGCGGACAAAAGGAAUCGUCACAAGUCGGAACCACCUUCGUACACCUACGAAGAAAUGGUGGAUAAAAUGCACGAAGCUACAUUCGAGUCUGUGACCAAAGAAACCGCUCCAUUUAUACUACAAAGGAACAUAAAACCAUCCAAGAAGUUCCCCGGAAAGUACUACUUUGACCGUGACAACAAGGUCAAAUACAAUAACAUUCCCGGUUGGUCGGACGAAGUGAACUGGGAUUUGGGUAAACGGGUGAAGGUGCCACAUUUGACGAUCAAAGCGGAAGAUUCACCGUAUCCGGGCUCCUGGCAGGGUUUCAAACCUAUGGUGGCAGUACUGAAGGAGCACAACCCGCUGUUUCAGGUGGAAUUUGUGAAAGCAUCUCACCACGUGCAUUUGACCGAUCCGGAACUUGUUGCACCGAUAAUAAAUGAAUUUCUGAAAAAGUAUUGGAUCAAACAUUCUGAUAAGCUUGCCAGUAAAUUAUAAACUUUUUUAAUAUUAUCCAAAUAAAGUGAUAAAAAAUAGAUAAAAGAUAUAAUCUCGGUAGGUGAUAUGUCAAAACUGUACAAUAUUGUAUGUUUUAAUAGAUGUACAUUAACAGCAUUGGAGGCAAAAUAAAG